AUGGAGAAAGUCGACUCUUUAAUUUCCUCUUUUAUUUCCAUUUCAUUUAUUGUUCAUGUUUUCCUUCAAUCAUCCCAUGUUUGUGUACAGUCAUUCCGUCUGCCUUCUCCCACUGGAUAUGGUGGCACCACGUGGAUCAACAAUAUCCAGUCUUUGGAUUCAUGGACACACCAAUUGCUUGACACAGCCGCAGUCACAAUCAGGCCAAUUCUUCUCUCCAACAAUAUCUCCUACGCCGGUGAGAACCUCCAGUAUGGAUGUGGAUUCUUCUGCUAUGCUGCUCCUUGUGACACAGGCUACUCUUUUGCAGUUUUCUUUGUUAUCUACAAUACUAGUUAUAGUGCUCCAGAUCUCCUGCAAAUGGUGUGGACUACAAACGGAGAUCGUUUGGUCCAAGACAACGCCACCCUUGGACUCACCCCCACUGGAGAUCUUGUGUUGAAAGAUGCUGACGGUACUCUAGUCUGGUCUACAAAUACAUUCACAAAUGAUUUUCAAGGGAUGGUGAUGGAAGAAUCAGGGAAUCUGGUGCUCCUCAACAGCUCAAACGGAACGAUGUGGCAGUCUUUCGACCAUCCAACUGAUACGUUGCUGUCGGGUCAGAAGAUGAUGGUGGGACAGAAUCUUACUGCAUACAUUUCUCUAACCAACACAAGCACAGGUAUGUUUUAUGGAUCAUUGAAUCGGGAUGGUUUUGCUCUGUUUACAGCUACUACCCCACCUCAAAUGUAUUUUAGGUCGACGGCUACAGAUUUGAACUUUUCCUUUAUACGAUUUGACAACCGUUCCCUCUUAUACUAUUUAGAAGGAUCUCCAUCCAAUCCAAUUCCAAUUCCAAUAAAUAUUUCCAUACCUCACGAUUCCCUCUACUUGAAGAUUUCUUAUGAUGGGCAUAUGAAAUUUUACUCUUUGCAAGCAGACAUUGGAAUAUAUGAUCUUGAUUUUUUAUCAGUAGUCAACCCUCUGCUAAGCAGGUGUGAUUAUCCAACAAUAUGUGGGCAGUAUGGUAUGUGUACAACGGAUCGGUGCGACUGUCCAGGAAAGGAUAAAUACUUUUUCCAGAUUGACCCCUCUAAUCCCAGUUCGGGAUGUACUCCAUACAAUCCCCUCGUUUGCUCACGCACACCCACACAGAGUAGUAGGACACCACGUCAUUCCUUUCUGCAGCUGGAGCAUGUUUCUUAUUUUAGUUAUAGGUGGGAAAAUGACUCUAUUGGAGAGCUGGUCACAGGAGAUUACUGUAGAAAUCUUUGCUCCACAAAUUGCUCCUGCAAAGCAGCUUUUUUCUUAUAUGGUUUCAACGCCAAUUCUUCUCUUGGCUAUUGUUUCAUCAAGUCCUCAGUCUUCUCCUUCCAAAUGAACAAUAAAGCAAGCGAUCUCUUUUACAAUUCAACAGCUUAUAUAAAAUUUCAGCCAAAACCUAAGCGAGUUCAUUACUCAGUUAUAUUUAUAACUGUUUCUCUUGUCGGUGGGUCAGUUGCGCUGUUUCUAUUCUUGUGGGUAUGGAUAUACAAAUUUAGAAAGGGUGGGCAAGAAGAGCAGAAGAAUGAUGAGGAUUUAGACUUUCCGGCUGGCUCACCUGUGCGGUACUCAUUCGAGGAAUUGCAAAAGGCUACAAAUGACUUCAGCCUGAAGCUGGGCAGUGGAGGAUUCGGUUCAGUUUAUGAGGGUAUUCUGUUGGAUGACACAAAGAUAGCAGUGAAGCGGCUUGACAGAGCAGGGGAAGGCUCCAAAGAGUUCCGUGCAGAAGUGGAAACGUUGGGAAACAUUCAUCAUCUUAAUUUGGUGAGACUGAAGGGCUUCUGUGCAGAAAAGUCCCACCGAAUGCUUGUAUACGAGUAUCUCCCAAAUGGGUCUCUUGACAAAUGGAUAUUUCCCAACGAAAGCCGUCAACACUUACUAGAUUGGAAGACCAGAUCCAAAGUGAUUCUUCAUAUAGCACGGGGAUUAUCAUACUUGCACGAAGAGUGUCGAGAACGAAUCAUUCAUUUCGACAUCAAGCCCCAGAACAUUCUUCUGGAUGAAAAUUUCAAUGCAAAAGUCUCAGAUUUUGGGCUGGCAAAGCUGAUUAACAGAGAACAGAAUGAAGUGAUAACCAUGUUGAGAGGAACGCCAGGUUAUAUGGCGCCUGAGUUAUUGGACAUGGAAUUUACUGAGAAGGCAGAUAUAUAUAGCUUUGGGGUUAUGGUGGUAGAAAUUUUGAGCGGCAGGAGAAGCAGAGAGCUUACACAACCGGGAUCUGGAUUGUUUCCAUUGUUACAGCGUAAAGCAGAGGAAGGGGGACUCGUGGAUUUGGUCGACACUGAAAUCAAAGAUGAAGGGAUUGGUGCAGAACAGGAGGCAGCGGAAGUGUUGGGAAUUGCGCUGUGUUGUAUUCAGUAUGAUUUUACAAAAAGGCCAGCAAUGUCGACCGUAGUAAAGGCAUUGGAAAAUAUGAGCGAGAUGGACCAGGGUGCUCCUGUGUUUACAGUCUCGCCAAGUCAGCCAUUGCUAUUCUCUGAAGAUUUUACUGACAAGGGAUUCUCCUCUGGGCUUUCGGUUUUUGAAUUAUCAGGACCCAGGUGA